CUCACAGGAUGCCGCCCGGGGCCAGGGUGGCUCCCGAGAAAGGCGGAAAGGCACACCCGGGAGGGGUUCGUGGCGCUGGGGCUGAGGGGCGGCAACUGGCGUGGAGCGCGGCUGGGCCCCGGAGACCCGGGAGCCGGGGGAGGCGGAGCUCCGCCCCGCCGGCACUGCGGGCUUCCCUCGCCGCAGCUGCCAGCUCCGCCCAAGCCCGACACCUGGGUGGGAUUCGGAGGCUGGGCCCCUCGCCUUUCCCAGAAUACAGGCUUGCAGAGCGUCUGCAGGUGGUGGUUGCCCAACCACCUGCAACGGAAUAAUUCGGAACACUUGUUGAGAGUCCGGAUUCCCUGAUCCAGAUCGGAAGCGGGGGCUGGGGAUAAAGGGACUGGGAAUCUGAAUUUUAACGACGUAUCUUGGAGGAUGUCGUGUAUACUAGAUUUGGGGGCCAGGAGGUAAAGCAGAACAGUGUAAGUGUCCCGGUUUGUGCCCCUAGCUCUCGACGCGUAAUAGCGCUCCUGCAAAGCUGCUUCCACGGAAAGGGAGCUGCGGGAAAUUCCUCUGGACACCGCCGACGCUGACAAAUCCAGUGUCCCUGGGCCCUUCCGGUUUUCCUGACAGGUUGAUUUCAAGUCAGCAUGUCCGCUUCAAUGAAGGAAUGCCUUCAACUUCAGCUGCUGGAGAUGGAAAUGCUGUUUUCUAUGUUUCCUAACCAAGGAGAAGUAAAACUUGAAGAUGUCAAUGCCCUGACGAAUAUAAAGAGAUAUUUGGAAGGCACAAGGGAGGUACUGCCACCAAAAAUCGAAUUUGUGAUUACACUCCAGAUCGAGGAGCCCAAGGUGAAAAUUGACUUGCAAGUAACCAUGCCUCACAGCUACCCCUAUGCAGCACUGCAGCUGUUCGGACGGUCAUCCGAACUUGACAGACAACAGCAGCUCCUUCUCAACAAAGGUCUCACUUCUUACAUAGGGACUUUUGACCCAGGUGAGCUCUGUGUGUGUGCGGCCAUCCAGUGGUUGCAGGACAACAGUGCCUCCUACUUCCUGAACAGGAAGCUCGUGUACGAACCGUCUACACAAGCAAAGCCGGUCAAGAACACAUUCCUGCGAAUGUGGAUCUACAGCCACCAUAUAUAUCAGCAGGACCUACGGAAAAAGAUUCUGGAUGUCGGGAAAAGGUUAGAUGUGACAGGAUUUUGCAUGACGGGAAAGCCGGGGAUAAUCUGUGUGGAAGGCUUCAAAGAGCACUGUGAGGAAUUCUGGCACACAAUUAGGUAUCCCAACUGGAAACACAUUUCCUGUAAGCAUGCCGAGAGUAUCGAAACAGAAGGAAAUGGGGAGGACCUGCGCCUUUUCCAUUCUUUUGAAGAAUUACUUCUUGAGGCCCAUGGUGACUAUGGCUUAAGGAAUGACUAUCACAUGAAUCUGGGCCAGUUCUUAGAAUUUCUCAAAAAACACAAAAGUGAGCAUGUUUUCCAGAUAUUAUUUGGUAUCGAAAGCAAAAGUUCUGACUCCUAGGAAGCUAUUAAGAGACCUAUGCUUGUAAUCUCGCUAAGUUAGUAUUUCUGUUAAUAAGACCAAAAUAAAAGGACCAGUUAAGCAUCAUCUGUGGGGAACCUAGCUCCAGCAUUUUUCCCUGGAAAUGAAACACAGAAGGCUUUUAACUUUAUAACAGUGCAAUUGUGAUGUU